UUGGUAUACAAUUACUCUUGUUAUCAGAAAGGUACUGUUUACAUUUUAUGGUGAAAAAUGCUCAUGGAAGCAGAUAAUGCAUUCACUAAACUCAAUUUUAUGAUUUCCAAAUUUUGGUUUGUUCAAGAUGGGUAAAUAAUCUUUUGAAUAUAUGAACGGAUAGCAAGAUUGGAUUACCGAGGUUCUUAUCAGCCUAAUGUCAUGUAGAUCAAUAGUAUUACGAUUGACUGUGCUGAAAGAAAAAAAUCACCUUACCUAUCAUGUAUAACAUAAAACUCAGUCGAUAAUUAGUUUUUUGAGUCAAUGGGGAGAGUUAACGUCACCUCAUAAUAGUGUAAGAGAAGUACUGUAUUUAUAAUAAUAAUAAUCUUUUGUCGUGGGUGUAUAGAAGGUCGUUAUAAAACAGCGAUUGAUUUGUUGUCUACAGCCUGAUAGAAAUCACUCCAAUAUGGUAAUUAGUCCUAAUAGAAGUUUCGCAGUCAUAUGUUCCUCAAAGCGGUAUGAUUAGAAUUGAAGACAUAAAAAAGUUAGAGUUUCUUUAUGUCAGGUGGUAAGAUUUUUUUAAAUGCGAAUUAUAAAACAAUUGAAAAUUGAAUAAAAUCAUUCAAUUGCGAAUUUUUAUUAUGGGAGGUUACACAAAUAUAAGAAGGAUUACACUACAAAAGUAAAGAAAAUUUAUUUGGUUACAGGAAUCGAAUUCUUGGAUAGCAGAAGCCAGUUGAUGAAUAUGUACCUAAACAUUUAAAUUCUCAAACCUCAAUGUAUGUUCCAAGUUUGAACUGAUGUAAACCCUCCAGUUGACACAAUUUAAAACUUUAUGAUGCUCAUUAAUGUAAUCUGUUACCGGUCAGUCAGAAUUGGUGAUUCUGUGCACAAGUAGAACACUGAUUCCUAUAGAUAUGAAUUAUUGAACAGUUGAUUAAAAGUAUUUUGAGGCUUUUCUUAUGUAUGGACCUAUGAAUGACGCUCUAUGAGAACUCACUGACUUGGUAAAAAUGAGUUUUAUCAUACGCCUCUGUAUUUACUAUUUAUGAAAUUUCUCCCAUUAAGUUAAUGAGUCUUUUUUAUCGUAAACUGUUUUCUUUAGUACAGUCGGAUCCCUUAAUAGUUUAACCACAAAUUUAAUUGUAAAAUCUAAUAUAAUAUCUACGUAGGUGUUUCCAUUGAUGACCUACCAUCAAUUUAGCAUAAAAUCUAAAAUAGGAACUAGUUUCAUCUUCUUCACUAGUGAACAUAAAAUUGUUUGAAGUAGUACUAUUCAAGUUUACAGUGGAUUCAGCGCAACUUUUAAAAUUAUUUACCUACCUGAACUUAAAAUCUAAAAGUUGUAGUACUUGUUCUACUACUAGUCCUCCUUGAAACCUGUAAAUUCACUGAUGUUGUUCGCUUACAGUUGACAAAAAUUACCUAACUAACCCAUCACAAGUAUGCAAGCAUGUUGAUUUCCAUUCUUAUCGGUUUUCUAGCUGGUGUAUAGGUCUCUUGUUUCAUCUGGAUAACUAAUUACUAUGCUGCAUUGAAAUUCUGUAUAAAAUUGUUCAUUCUAGCUUAAAGUGAUUUUUUUAUUAUCUUGUUAUGCUCCACCGCAUUCACUAUCAUAACUGUUACAAUGAAAUAUUGAAUAGAUUCCAAUUUUUAAUUUUGUUUAAUUUAUCCUGAAUGUCUGCAUGUUGCCCCACAUCUUUCAUAAUUGCUUACAUUUUGAAAAUAUAGCAACAAUUCAAGAUGGCUGAGUUUAUAUCGUGUUACAUGCAUUAGGGUUUAGUAAUUUUUGCUUAUUUGCUUUCCAUAAAGUUAAGAAAAAUGACUGAAAAACAAAUAGGUCAUCAAUUGCUUUACUACUAACUUAUUUUUAACACUUCUACUUUACAUUUACAUUUCUGCGAACACAUAUGACUAUGGACAUAUUCUAUUCUUGGAGAAUUUUUCUCUUCCAUGUUGUUCAGUCAUUUCUUUCCUACUGUUGAUUUAUUGAUUGUUUUAUUGAAAUUACAUUGAAACAAAUGCCAUUCUGGAUAAUGAAUAUUUUGACUUAAAGCUUGAAACUUCAAUCUUAAAGACGUUGCCAUGUAACUGUUGUUCAUGUAGGUUUUCCCCCUUUUUGUUUGUGUUUACAGAAGAAUAAAAAUUUCACAAAGUCACUUGCAAUAUCUGUCUUUAUGACAUGUCUUGGAUCAUCAUUUGUAAUUGGCUAUAAUUUGGGAGUUUUGAAUUUGCCAGCAGAUCAUGUUAAACAGUUUUUAUCCCAAACUAUUUUGGGUAAAAAUGCAAGUGAAGCUGAAAAUAAAUCUGAUCUUUUAACACCGAGCUUUCUAUAUGCUCAAGUGAGCACUGCUUUUGUGGUAGCUGGUGCAAUUGGUGCUUUCAGUUGUGGUGGUAUUGCUGACUCGUUGGGAAGGCGGAACGGUCUACUGCUGAACCAUUUAUUUGCUAUAGUCGGUGGAGUACUAUGUGGUCCAUGUGUAAGGCUCAAUCAACCAGCAUUAUUGUUUGUCGGUCGGUUCUUGAACGGUUUCAACUCUGGUGUAUCAAUUGGUAUAGCAUCAAUGUAUCUGACCGAGAUUGCUCCAAUAUCUCUUCGUGGUGGUAUUGGUUCAUCACAUCAACUAGCUUUAACCGUUGGUAUCUGUGUUUCUUAUCUUGCAACUUUAACAUUCACGUUCAAUACAGAAGUUUUAUGGCCAAUUGCUAUAGCUGUAGGAUCUAUACCUGCAUUGAUUUCACUUAUUAUUCUACCAUAUUGCCCUGAGAGUCCACGAUUUCUAUUCGUAAAAAAAGGUAAAGAAGCAGAGGCACGUAAAGCUUUCAAACGACUAAAUUGUAAAGAUGAUAUUGACGCAAUUUUUGAUGAAAUGGCUCAAGAAAUGAAACUGGCUAAAAGUCAACCACCAUUCAAAUUUAGUAGACUUUUUACACAAAAAGAUCUACGAAUGCCUGUUAUAAUAGCUUGUCUCCUGCAAGUGUUUCAACAGCUUUCAGGCAUUAAUGCGGUAAUUACAUAUUCUUCUACAAUGCUAAAAACGGCUGGGAUUCCAGAUAUGUACAUCCAGUUCUGUGUAGUUGCAGUUGGUGCCAUUAACGUGAUAAUGACUAUUGUUUCCGUUUUCCUAAUUGAACGUGCUGGACGUAGAACACUUUUGUUAUGGCCAAGUGUGCUUUUGGCUAUCUCCCUUUUAUUCCUAACAAUCACUGUCAAUUUGGCAAAUACACUGAAAGAUCCUGCAGCUGCUCGAGCUGCUGGAAUCAUUUCCGCUGUUUUUAUAAUUAUUUAUAUUUGUGGCUUUGCUUUAGGAUUGGGUCCAGUGCCUGGUUUGUUUGUCUCUGAAAUAUUUAGACAAGAACCAAGAGCUGCAGCUUAUUCUUUAAGUCAAGGGAUAAACUGGGUGUGCAACAUGUUGGUAUUAUUUAGUUAUCCAAGCAUUAAUGAUGCGAUUGGUGGUUAUUCAUUUAUACCUUUCCUAGUAAUUGUUAUAAUUUGUUGGACAUUUUUCUUUCUGUAUAUGGUAGAGACGAAAAAUCGUACAUGUGAUAGUAUUGCACGAGAUUUAUCUAGCCCAAAAGUGGUUGCUUGUACACGUCCAUCAAGACUACAGCAUAAAAAUGCAGAACCUUUUCAUUCAAGUGAGUAAGUUGAAGCUAAAUUUAGCCACGUAUUCAAGUAGUAAUCAGAGAAUCAGCGGAAAACACAUAAAACAGCUAUAAGUUAGUUAACUAACCUAAAUAUGAUGUGAUAAUUGCUUCUUUUAUUCUAUUUUUUAACUAUCAUUUCUACUAUGUUUUGGUCACAUUUAUUUAAUGAUUACUUCUAUACAAUUUCCUCUUAUUGGAAGGGUUUGUUCUAAUUGUUAUCACUUAUUUUCCACCUUCAUUCAGUGUAAAUAAUUCAUUCUCAUUUGCUUUGCUUUUUAUCUAGUAACUUUCUAGCCAAUUCUUACAGAUCUAAUUUUCUAGCAACACUUCUUGAAUAUUUCAUGAACAAUAACUGAUGCCUUUACACAAAUGAUUGACCUUGACUAAGGUUAUGAUUUGUGCAAUACUCAAUUAUGUUAUUCUGUUUUCGCAAACAUAUCAAUCGUCUUAAGCAGUAGUGUAUUCGGUGAUAAUUAAAAAGAAAUGUAACACUUUAUCUCUUUCAUUUAAAAUUAUUUUCAUUUUUUGUUUUUGUUAUUUUACUAAUGAUUUCGAAAAAAAGAUAUUUUAAUCUGUU